AUGUCUAUGAAAGUGCCAGUUGAAAAUGUUGCCGCUCAAUCAAAAUUGAAUCAAGAACAAGCGCAAGCUUACAAUACCAUUCUUGAAAGGGUCAACUCAGAAACACCAGGGUUGUUCUUUGUAGAUGGGCCUGGGGGAACCAGGAAAACAUUCCUAUAUCGCGCGUUACUAGGAAAGGUUAGAUCAGAAGGUAUGAUAGCAUUAGCAUCUGCAACCAGUGGUGUAGCAGCAACAAUAUUGCCUGGAGGACGUACGACACACUCAAGAUUUGCCAUACCACUACAAGCAGAUGAGACAACAAUGACAAAUAUGUCAAAACAAGUCGACAGAAGCUUUCGCGAUAUAAUGGAUAGCGACAUUCCUUUUGGAGGGAAAGUCAUGGUAUUUGGAGGGGACUUCCGUCAAGUUUUGCCUGUUGUACCAAAAUCUACACGCGCGGAGACGGUAAAUGCAAGUUUGGUUAAGUCGUAUUUGUGGCCUUUAAUAGAAAAGAUUCAACUAUCAACAAAUAUGCGAGCAAGAGCAGAUACAAGUUUUAGUAAUUUUUUGCUGCGAGUUGGAAAUGGGGAAGAGACCACAAUAAAGGAUAAUUUAAUAGCACUUCCAGAACAAAUGAAUGUACAACAAACACAACAUGCUAAUCCAGAAGAAACCUUGAUCAGCGAAAUAUUUCCAGACCUUCAACAAAAUUACAGAUCUACUGACUAUAUAACGGAACGGGCAAUCUUAGCAAGUAGAAAUGAAUUUGUAGAUAAUCUAAAUGAAAUCCUGAUUGGGAAAUUCCCUGGAGAAAAAAAAAUAUAUAUCAGCUUUGACUCAGCGGAAGAUGAUACCAACAACUACUAUCAAGAAGAAUACCUCAACACCUUAACGUACACCAAAUAG